AUGGCUUCGAAAGGCCAGGACGAGAGUUGGAUCGAGGAGGUAAUUUGUCCCAUCUGCCUGGAUUUCUUCACCGAUCCGGUGUCCCCGGAGUGCGGACACAACUUCUGCCGCUCCUGCAUCACACGGUGCUGGGAAAGGGAAGCGAGAAACUCCUGCCCGGAAUGUAGAGAGGAGUUUCAGGAUAUAAUCCUCAGAGUGAAUCGGGCCUUAGUGAGACUGGCAGAGAAAGCUCGAAAUUUAAACCUGAACCCAAAAGAGAAGGAAAGUAAACUUCACUGCGAGGAACAUCAGGAAGAACUGAAGCUGUUUUGUGAAACUGACAAGAAACUGAUCUGUGUGAUUUGCAGAGAUGCGCGGGAACACAGAGAGCACCGCUUCCUGCCCAUUAAAGAAGCUUUGAAAACAUACAAGGAUCAGGCGAAAUAUUCCCUGAAAACACUUACACAAAAGAUACUCAAAAUUCUAGAAGUGGAGAAGCAACAAAAAGUGAAGAUAUCUGAGGUUAAGGGUCAGUCACGCUGUCUCCAGUCCCACAUCUCAUCUGUCUUUGCUGAGAUGCACAGGAGACUAUCUGAGAAAGAACAACUUUUGAUCAGAGAUCUCAGGAAACAAGAGGAAAAGAUUGUAGAUAAAAUGGAGAGAAAUCUUCGAGAAAUUCAGGAAAAUUUGAAUUCCAUUCAGGAGGAACUCUCGUUGUUGCAGGAACAGAUGGAGCAAAAAGAUGGAUUUGUAUUUCUGAAGGGGGAAUCCUAUCAGAAGAGAAGGAUCAGAGAUGGCCUGACAGAGACAGCCACAAGUGGGGCCCUGGCUGUGGAAAAAUCCAUUGAUCCUCCAUCUUUCACAGCUUUGUGGGAAAUACUUGAUGACAUUCAGCCUGUCUCUGUGACCCUGGAUGUGGAAACGGCGUGUCCGGACCUCGAGGUGUCUGAGGAUCGGAAGAGUGUAAGAUGGACCCGGACCCGGAGGGAUCUCCCCGACAGCGGGAGGAGGUUCAAAGUCGGAGAGUCUGUGCUGGGAUCGGAGGGAUUCACAUCGGGGAGACAUUACUGGGAGGUGGAGGUGGCGGGGAACCGGGGCUGGAGUCUGGGAGUCGCUGCAGCGUCUGUGACGAGGGAGGGAAGUGUUCACCUCUCACCGGAGAUUGGAGUGUGGACCAUCGGGCGGUGUGGCGAUGAGUUUUAUAUGAACACCUCCCCCGAAUCCCAUCUCCCUGCCGGUCACAUCCCCGGGAGGGUGGGAGUUUAUCUCAGUUACGAGUCCGGGACAGUUUCAUUUUACAGCGCGGACACCAAGUCCCAUCUCCACACCUUCACUGGGAAUAAAUUCACGGAGAAACUUUAUCCUUUCUUUUGGACGGGGGAUGGAAACUGGCUGAGAAUCUGCUCCGGUUCCGCUCCGGAUCUGUAAACGGGUCGAGUCCCGAGGCCCGCCUCAGGAGCGGGGCUCAAGGUCUGUGGGGCAGAAACCCCGUUGACAACACGUUGGCGCUGAACGGGUCCCAUUUUAUCCCCAAAUUCCGCAUUGUAAAACCCCAAUGAUCCUGGAAAUAAAAUUAGGAGAAUGUAUACGUGGGAAGUGAAAUAAACAAUGA